AUCGUUUGCAGAAAAAAGUUCUAAGACAAGACAAUGGAUUACUCCAAUCAGGAUUCUGCCCCACAAUACAUAGAGUCUUCUCAUUUGCAAGGAAAUGAUGAUUCAGACCUUUUCUUUACGAGUCCUGAGGGAGUUGAUUCCAACUCUGUGCCCACAUAUUUCUCUCGUAUGCCUGAAUCCUACAGACACUCCCCAGUGCGACAAUUAUACCCUCUUCUCAAUGGUUUGCAAUGGGGGGACAGCCAUCCCUACAGCACAGCAGCUUGGGUCUCCAGUGCCUCUGGGAAAACCCACACUGGACUUCCUGUCUAUACCUCUGCCACGUCCUCCUACCAGACUCUGCAUGCACCGGCCUCUCCCAGGGACCUUUCCCCCGAUGGCAAGAGCAGUCCCAGAUAUCUGGAGAUGUUGAAGACAGAACGGAUCAGCCCCACUCAUGCUGAACUGCUGCCCCUGGGGACCCCAACUGGCCCAGCCCUCAGUCCUUACACUAUGGGACAGGAGUAUGGAUAUUUUCCGAUGCCUGGAAGCCCCUUGACAGCUGGAUAUUCCCCCAAACUCCGAGGGACAAUGCAGCUCUCCCCCAGUGAGGCACGUGAGUGUGUGAACUGUGGAGCCACAGCCACCCCACUGUGGAGAAGGGAUGGCACUGGCCACUAUCUUUGCAAUGCUUGUGGGCUCUACCACAAGAUGAAUGGCCAGAAUCGGCCCCUCAUUCGACCCAAGAAACGCCUGAUUGUCAGCAAGCGAGCUGGAACCCAGUGCAGUAAUUGCCAAACAACUACCACAACUCUUUGGCGCCGCAACAUGAAUGGAGAACCUGUAUGCAAUGCCUGUGGCCUCUAUUACAAACUGCACAAUGUGAAUCGCCCCUUGGCAAUGCGCAAGGAUGGGAUCCAAACACGGAACCGCAAGGUCUCCUCCGCAAAAUCCAAAAAGCGCAAAGGCAAUUCUGGGGAAGCCACAAUGCCUGCAAACACACCCUUGGAGAUGAUGCCCUCUUCCUUGUUGGGGGAAGAAGCUGCUGCCCUCUAUCCUCUCAACCCCAUGAUGCUACCAGGACACCUGCUCCCCUUUGGAGCCAAUCCUCACUUUCUAGCAUCUCCAGCAAGUUUCCCUCCACAGGUUUCCCCAGCCCCACAUGGUUCCCCAGGGAUGGUCUCUGCUCUGGGGUAAACAGCCUUGUAGCCUGUGCACGCACACAC